AUGCUUCGACGAGUUUUCCCUGCGAGUAUUUCUGUAGCAAGAUGCGCCCUGCCAGCGCUUAGUGGUGCGCUGCGUCACGUGCACCAGAAGCAGACGCAGCAUGACUUCUCAGAGUGCUUUUUGCGAAAGUUAACGGAGGAAGAGGAGGAGGCGCUGCGAACUCUGCAAGAUCGUCGUCCCAUUUCUGCCGUGGUGCCAGGCAAAAUGUUUAUGCGUCACUGGAUAGCUGCGGAGCAGUCAACCGUAUCCGUGGUGAACCGUGCCAUUUCUGGCAUCAUCUCCAUCUGCCUGAUAAUUUGGAGCUGCGGCUACGCGACGCUGGGCUACAACGGCCACAGUUGUGCCCACCUGGCAGGUUGGUUUUUUGUUGCGUACUGGUUGUUUCUCCACACUCACCAUGUGGCGCUAAUACCCCUUUUUCUGUCCCUCAGCGUCUUGCAGCUGGUUGUGAACUAA